AUGGCGUCCACAAAGGAAAUCGAACCACGCAUCACCGAAAAGCCGGAACCCCAUAUCUCGGAGCAGGACGCCGAUGUGACUUAUACUCUGCUCAAGAGCCACGGGCAUGACUUCGCACAAGGUCUGGACGCUGCCGGGCAGAAGAGAUUGAAUAGAAAAUUGUAUUGGGGCCUAGUGCCGCUGUUGGUCGUCAUCGACCUUGUUUUGUUUAUUGACAAAGCCACAUUGUCGUACUCGUCCAUCCUGGGCUUGUUCGAAGAUACCAAGAUUGGCAAUGGCCAGUACAAUAACCUCAACACGAUUUUUUAUGCCGGGUACAUCAUCGGCCAGUUCCCAGGAAACUACCUCAUGCAGCGUGUGCCCAUGGGCAAAUUUGUCAGCGGUACGAUCAUGCUGUGGUCGGUCAUUGUCUUCCUCCACUGCACCGCGAGCAGUUAUGGCGGGUUGAUCCCGCUGCGGUUUUUCCUCGGUCUGGUCGAAGCCACGGUCCUUCCGGCGAUUGAAAUCACCAUGGGCAUGUUCUUCGUGCCGGAAGCGCAGGGCUUCUUGCAGCCUGUCUUCUACACUUCGUGCCUGGGCUCUCCGAUCCCCGCCGGGUUCCUGGCGUACGGCCUGUUGUGGACCAACAAUGCGGUGUCGCCGUGGAAGUUCUUCAUGAUCAUCACGGGCGGCAUGACUUCGAUCCUCGCCAUCCUGUCGUGGUUUUACUACCCCAACAAUCCGGCCGAAGCGAGGUUCUUGACUCUGCAGGAGAAACUGUACCUGGUCAACAAGGUGCACGAGGCGACGCACAGCUCGAUCGAGAACAAAAAGUUCAAAAAGAGUCAGUUGAUCGAGUCGCUUCGGGAUCCCAUCUCCUGGUUGUUUGGGCUCCAGGCUUUCACGCUCAUGCUCUCCAACAACAUUGCGUACCAGUCGAACUUGUUGUAUGUGUCGGUCGGCGUGUCAAAUCUGGGCUCCACGCUCGUCAGUGCCGCUGGCGGUGGAUUCUCGGUCAUAUGCUGCAUCCUGGCCACUCUCCUUCUCCGCUAUGUCCCAUGGCGCAAGGCCUACUGGGCCGCCUUCUGGUGUCUACCGCCCAUCGCAGGUGGUAUCGGUAUGGUGGCUCUUGACUGGGACAAGAAGAUCUCCCUGCUUGCGUGUUUGGUCCUCGCCGGCGCCACCUUUGGUAUCACCUAUAUUAUCGCCCUCGGAUGGACCACGUCCACCGCCGCCGGAUACACCAAGAAAUUAAGCCGAAAUGUCUUUUUCAUGGCCGGUUACGGCAUCGCCAAUCUGGUCUCUCCCCAGCUCUGGGUGCCCAAGGAUGCCCCGCGAUACUAUCCGGCUUGGAUCAUUCAGAUUGUCAUCAGCUGGGUGGGGACCCCAGUCAUCUUGAUCAUCAUAAACUUCAUCCUGGCCCGCAGGAAUAAGGAACGAUAUGCCUGGAUCGCCGAGCAAGAGGCCGCUGGAAAGUCGAGAACCGGCGUCAUCGAGAGGAUCGACGCCGACGGUAAGAGGGUCGAGGUCGAGGUCGACAUUGCCCUGCUCGAUUUGACCGAUUUGGAGAACAAGUACUUCAUUUAUCCUCUGUAG